UGUGUAGGCUUUUAACAUAUUUCGUCAGUUCCGGUCUGCCUUUCCCGCUCUCGGGGUUGUAAGAUUACGCCAGUGUACGCCCGCACGUAGCCGUCACGCGUGAAAGGAACACAUUCGAUUGCCUCCUCACACCGGCUUCCUAUUUUGUUUGCUUCAGGGCUGUAAGACAUGUCAGACGAAUACAUUGUAAGGGUUCGAGGCUUACCUUGGUCAUGUACAAAGGAGGAAGUACUUGAGUUUUUUUCAGAGUGUAAUAUCAUUGAUGGUGUAAGUGGGAUUCAUUUUACUACCUCCAAAGAAGGACGUCCCAGUGGUGAGGCUUUUAUUAUAUUGGACACUGAGGAAGAACUUAAGAAGGCUUUGGAGAAAGACCGAAAAUAUAUGGGACACAGAUACAUAGAAGUAUUCAAGUCAAACAACACAGAAAUGGAAUGGGUUUUAAAACACAACAGUACUGGUGAUGUUGACACAGCCUCUGAUGGAACAGUUCGGCUUCGUGGUCUUCCUUUUGGCUGCAGUAAAGAAGAAAUUGUACAGUUUUUCUCAGGGUUGAGAAUCGUGCCAAAUGGGAUAACAUUGACGGUGGACUACCAGGGGAGAAGCACAGGGGAGGCCUUCGUGCAGUUUGCUUCAAAGGAGAUAGCAGAAAAUGCUCUGGGGAAACACAAGGAAAGAAUAGGGCACAGAUACAUUGAGAUAUUUAAAAGUAGCCGAAGCGAAAUAAGGUCGAAUUAUGAUCCCCCUCGAAGAAUGAUGGGACAGCGCCCAGGGCCAUAUGACAGACCUAUGGGAGGCCGUGGAGCUUACUAUGGAGCGGGACGUGGAAAUAUUUAUGAUCGCAUGCGUGGUGGUGCCGGUUAUGGUGGUGGAUACAGUGGUUUUGAGGAAUAUGGUGGUUUUAACAACUAUGGAUUUGGAACAGAUGGAUUUGAUGAUCGGUUACGGGAAGGCAGAGGUAUGGCUCAAGCAUAUGGUGGAGGUGGUGAUGGAAGCGCAGGGUUUCAUAGUGGACACUUUGUACACAUGAGAGGAUUGCCUUUUCGUGCUACAGAAAGUGAUAUAGCCAAUUUCUUUUCACCACUGACUCCUAUCAGAGUUCACAUUGAUGCUGGAGCAGAUGGCAGAGCAACCGGAGAAGCUGAUGUGGAAUUUGCAACACACGAAGAUGCAGUAGCAGCCAUGUCUAAAGAUAAAAAUAAUAUGCAACACCGGUACAUUGAGUUAUUCUUGAAUUCAACUGCUGGCGGUGGUGCUGGAAUGGGAUGUUAUAGCAGAGAUGGUUUAGAUAGCACUGGUUAUGGAGCAGUGAGCAGAAUGGGCAUGACUGGAAACUACAGUGGGUGUUACGGAAACCCUGAUGGAUUAGGAGGAUAUGGAAGGGGCAAUACUGGAAACAGCGGGGGCUACUAUGGGCAACAGGAUAACAUGGGAGCUGGAUGGCGCGGAAUGUACUAGCAGGGAUGGCCUUGUCUAAAGGAAAUCCCGGAAGAAGGAGAUUUUUAGUUUUUCUUUGUGUUUAGUUCUUUGUACGGACUGAAGGAACACGUUCUUAAAAUUUUAGUGAGCAAAAGUUCAGUUGAUGUUGCCGGUAGGAAUUUGUUUGACUGAAUGUUGACUUUGAAUAAAUUUUUUUUUUUUAUGAUCAAAAAUGUCACUGCUUAUGAAUAGGCCGACCUUUAAUGGAUUUCAUUUUGCAGGGUGUUUUCAAACACCACUUAGUGACAUUUAUCCAAGGCUGAAGAGGCAGUUCUUAGAUCUAUCCAGAAACAAUAGACUAGAAAAUAGUUUAUCCCUGUUCUUUUGGUGGAGAUUUCUUUCUUUUACCCUUUUAUAAAUAGGCCCCUGAAUUUUCAUUCAAGAAAUUCUCUGCCUUUCUAAAGACCAGGAUGGUGGAUACAAUAUUUAUUUAUACUUGUGCUUGUUUGAUUUCCUACAUUUCCCUUUUAGCCAGUUUUUAAUACACAGCUUUUUAACCCUUUUAGUGCCAGAUGCAGUGGAAUCCACGUUGCCGGCAUAAAAGGACCAUAAUGCCAACUUUGGAAAUUCCACUUGGAUCUAUACCGAGUCACGUGUUUGCUGGCAGAACAAUGGGCAGCAAGAUCAAAGGCACGGGGGUGACACUCAAAGGGUUAAAAAGAGCAUAUUUGGCAAUAAUAUGCUUUAAUGCUGUUACCAAAAGUGUCCAUUUUAAUCCUACAGUUUGUAAAUGAAUACGCCAAAUUAACAGUUUGUAAAUCAAUAAAAACCAAAUCUCCUUUU